AUAAAUUUUUUUUUGAUAGACACUUCAUAUCCAGAUAAAUGUGAAUCACACUUCACUAAUGAAAAGGUGACAGAAAGAAACUUAGGAUAAAGCCCUUAUAUGUGGUCAGGAUUUAUAGCAAGGUUUUUCUCUUUCCUCUUCUCUCUUCUCUCUGCUCUCUUUUCUCUCUCCCCCAGGCUGGCCUCUGCAGAACCAUGGCUUAUUCCUUCACUGUCCCCAGCCUUCAACGCCCUCUGCCUCACAAAUCUCACUUUCUAGGCCAAGGCCAUUUCCCCAACAAUAUCCAGAAGGCCUCUCUCUCAAGAACCAGAACACCCUUACCUGUAAAAGCCAGUGCCAAGUUCGACCUCUUUGGAAUCAUGGGAGGAAGAGGUCUCUGUAAUGGCGAAGAAGGCCUUCAACAAGAACUCAAGAGGAACAUAGAACCAGCCCCAUCUCCAGAUAGUGUCAAAGAUGAAGAAAAACCAGCAUUGGCGGCUGUUGAUGAUGUUCCAGAAGAUGGUUUUGAUAAGGAGUUGCUAGGUUUAACCGGCGGUUUUCCUGGUGGCGAAAAGGGUUUGAAACAAUUCCUAGAGAAGAACCCACCUCCGGAGAAAACUUCAGGAAACAUAAUUGAGAAUGCAAGAUUAAGGAAGCCAAAACCACCUGAAUUGCCACUACUGAUGCCUGGAGGGAAUUGGGACAGGUUAAUUACUUUCCGGCUUGAAGAGCUCCAACGUAGGGACAAGGGACCUCCAAUGAAAAAUCCCAAGUCUGCUAUCCUUGAAACUCUACUUGAACAGGAGGCAUGACCAUUCACUGUUUUUUCAUCUCUCAGUUGUAUGUAAGAAUAUUUGUAAGCCUCUUACUUUGAUAACUGCAACUUAGACAGCCGAUUGGUUGAUUAUAAACAGUUUUGUAAUA